AUGCAGCGUGGUGAGAUGCGGCAUAGUCAGAUGCAGCGUGGUGAGAUGCGGCAUAGUCAGAUGCAGCGUGGUGAGAUGCAGCGCUGGUCGCAUCCACUCGCAUCGCAGCCUUGCUUAUCUUUCCCCUCAACUCUGCCCCUUCCCCGGCUUAACCCCCCUGUUUCCGCGCAGUCUUCCCCCGCGCAGCGCCCCUACGUGGCGGUGCUGAUAGUGCCCACGGGCGUGGGCGCGGAGAUCGGGGGGUUCGCGGGGGACGCGCUGCCGGUGGCGCGCGCGUUCAGCAGCGUGGCGGAGUGUCUGAUCGCGCACCCUAACGUGCUCAACGGCGCCAUGCUCUACUGGCCGCUGCCGCGCGCGCUCUACGUGGAGGGCCACGCGCUGGACCGCUUUGCGCGCGGCGAGUGGGGGCUGCAGCCCGUGCACAGCAACCGCGUGGGGCUCGUGUUCGACCGCGCCAUCGAAGAGGACCUCCUCCAACGCCACCUGCAGGUGCCGCCAUUCCGCCGCCAUUCCGCUAGUUUGGUUGGCGCUGCAUGGAGUGGCUGCAGCGACAUUGCCGCUGUGUUGCUUUCUGCUUUCUUCGUCAGCUGCCUCGCUGCUGCCCCGCUCCACCUUGACCCUUACCCCCGCCUGCUCUUGCCUGCAUGUGCCCUCACCAUGCUCCCCACAACACAUCCCCCUCGCCCCACACUCCCCCCGCCCCUGCAGGUGGCAGACGCUGCGAGGGCAACACUGGGAAUUGACAUAGUGGGAUACACCGUCACCGACCGCCCCCUCAAGGUCAUCUGCUCCCCCCUGCUCCUCAAGCCCGUGAGUCCCUGGGCGUGUGUGGGGGGCGGGCAGCAGGUGCACAAGUGGGUGGACGGCGCCACGGGUGCAGCCACGGGGCGCAUCGACGAGGCGGACUCGCUGCUGCGCGCCGUGCACACACUGCUCGCCGCACCCCUCGCCGCACACCCGCCCUCCCACGCACACGCCCUCUCGCCCGCAGCAGCGCCCGCUACAGGGGCCCGUGGGGUGGACGCGGUGGGGGUGGUGGCGCGCUUCCCUGACGACGCGGAGGAGGUGCUGCAGCAGUACCGCGAGGGGCAGGGCGUGGACGUGCUGGCGGGCGUGGAGGCCGUCAUCUCCCACCUCGUUGUCCACCGCUUUCAACUCCCCGCCGCCCACGCCCCCGCCCUCGCCCCCCUGCCCCUCCUGCCCUCCAUCGCCCCGCGCUCCGCCGCUGAAGAGAUUGGCCACACGUUCCUGCCAUGUGUGCUGGCUGGCCUCUCACGCGCGCCCCGCCUCGUCACACGUCACGCCCCUCCCACCACCGCAGCCAAACGCACAGGGGCAGGCGGAGGGCAGGAGGGGCAGGAGGGGCAGGAGGGGGCGGCGAUUGCGAGCAGCAUUCCCACCAUCAUUGGGGGCGCAUGGGACUACAGCAGAGAUGGUGGCAGCAGCAGCAGCGGCACGAGCACCAGCAUGAGCAGCAUGGGGGGAGGCGGAGGGGUGGUGUGGGCAGAGGACGUGGACUGUGUGGUGCUGCCCGUGGAUGCCUUCGGCAGCCCUGCCGCCCAGGCCCUCGCUCGCCGACCAGGCGGCCCGCCGCUGUUCAUAGCGGUGGAGGAGAACACAACGGUCAUGGAUGACCCACCCUCCAAGUUUGGCAUCCCUGCU